AUGGGGUGUGGGUUUAAUUGCAAUCGUGAUAGUUGUUAUUGGAAACCCGGGAUGAACCCUACGACUGGGACCCUCCUGGAUCUGCACCCAAACGGACCAACGAUGGCGACUCAGGAGAAGAGUGAAGUGAUUCAACCACCAACUGCAGUAGACAAGCAAUUAGAAAGUUACUCAUACACUAAUUGGGCAGGGAAGAUACAAGAACAGUACCAGAAAGUCAAAGAGAAUGCAGAAACCUACCCCUAUGUUUGGGGUUCGUAUACUGUUGUAUACGGGGGAUUUGGGCUCUGGUUUGCCUAUAGAUGGCGAAGGCUCCGCAAAACAGAAGACCGAGUCAGAGUCCUUCAAGACAGACUUCGCAAACUUGUGCAAGCUGAAGAGUCCACAAGUUCAUCUAUAACCAAAGCACCCUCAUCUUGUGAUAAAUCAACUAGAUAGUUUGUGUUUCUCUUUUCAUUCAAGUUGUGUUUUUAUACAUUUUGCUGAAAAAAUGAGUUACCAAUGACUGCACUUGGUCACAAAA